UAUGUUAAGAUGCAAUCAUUGGGACAUUUCAUGAGAAGGGAGCCAAUACAUUCUGGGAUAUUGUUAUGAAGAUUCCAUUACAAGGGCAGCCAAUUAUUUGUUGGAAGUUUUGUCAUGUCUUACACAAACUCUUGAGAGAAGGACAUAAAAAUGUAAUGUCUGAUUCAAACAAAUACAGGUCUUCACUUGUUGAUUUAGGAAAAUUGUGGGGGCACUUACAGGAAAAUUAUGGAAAGUUAAUUCGAAACUACUGUAAUCUUCUUGUUGCGAAGUUAGACUUUCAUAAAAGGAAUCCCAGAUUCCCUGGCAACCUAAAUGUAACAGAUGAACAGUUAGAAGAUAUCGGUGAAAGAGAUAUUAAUGUUUAUGUUUUUGGAUCAUUGGAUAUGUCUCGGUCCAAUUCCAUGACUAGUUCUGGCCAGUGUCGACUUUCCCCUCUCAUACCAUGUAUCCAAGAUUCCAGUCAGCUCUAUGAUUACUGUGUGAAACUGCUCUUUAAACUGCAUGCUUCUCUUCCACCUGACACACUUGUUGGUCACAGAGAACGAUUCAAGUAUCAGUUCAAAGGCCUUCGUCAAUUUUAUCUUAGUUCCAGCAACUUGCAAUAUUUUAAGUACCUCAUUCAAGUGCCACUGUUACCAGAGAACCCACCAAACUUUUUGAUAGCAUCAGAUCUAAGUGCUCAUGUUAGUCCUGUAGUCAUCCUUCCGCCUCAGUGUGAAACACCGGAGAAUGAAGCAGUGGAUGGAACUCUAGUAGACACAACCACACCUGAACCCUCGCACAGUCCUAGUCACUUUGAUGAGAUGUUUGGAACAGGAGAUUUUGAAUUUCAAGACCAGAAUGGAUCUCUUUCACCAGACCCUCUUGCUGAAAAAGAAAAGUUGAUUGAACGGUUGUUACAAGAAAUAGAAGACCUUAAAAUGGAAAUACAGAGAAUAAAGAUUGAGGACCAGCGUGUGAUAGAUGAUCUGAAUCGAGAAAUUUCAGCUCUGGAAUCGCAGAUAGCCGAGCAUGAAAGAACCAUUGAGGAACUUAGAAAGGAAAAUGAAUCAUUAAAACUAUCAGCUAAUGCUACUUUGGAAAAAGAGGAGGCAGUGGCUAAGUUAUCAGAAGCAGAAAAAAAAGCAAAAACACAAGAAGAAAAAUUCUUGAAAAUGAAGGAGGUUUAUAACAAGCUACGAGAAGAACAUAUUUCACUUAUUAGAGCUAAAGCAGACAUUGAAAAGCACCUUAGUUCAGCUAGAAACAUGGCUGAUGAAGCGGAGAAAAAUAAUCAGGAGCUACAACAGACCCUGCAAGUGCUGAAGAGUGAGAAAACAGUGGCUGAAGAGAAACUUCAACAGUCUGCUAAUCUUUCUAGUGAAGAACUUGCUGCAGUAACAGAGAGUAAGGUGGAGUUAGAGAAGAUUGUUGAUAAACUGAAAGACGACUUGUUAAAGUUAGAGAAUGAGCAAGGAAGCCUUCAGAAACAACUUGAGAAAUUGUUGGAAGAAAACCUGCUGCUAACAGCUUCUGAAGAAGGCCAUAAAGCCAAAGUGCAGAGUCUAUGGCAAGAUCAUGUAGAUAAACAUCGCGAGUUGUUUGUGAACCUCAUAGGAGAAGCAGAACACAUCGUUCAGACAACACUAGAGGAGUUUGAUAACCCAGCUUUAGCUGCAAUGACAUGUGCACCAGAAUACCUUCUUCAUCAGACAGAACCAACCAAAGUCAGUCUGCACAAAAUGGAGACAGGUUACAAUAAAUAUCUCCAAGAUCCUAUUGAUAUGAAAGAACUCGUACAGUCAUUGAACUUCUUCUCUCACCAGCUAGCAGAUUUACUACUACAUGGAAAAGCUACUUCACAUGCAUCACCUAACAUUGAACAUGGAGAUGAGUUGGCCAGUGCAUGUAGACAUCUGGGGAUGGAUACACUGGACUUGUUUAUGACAAUGAAAGAACAAGGUGCUGAGGAAAAUGUUCCUGCCAAGAUGCUUCAAGUGAGGUCAAGCAUCGAAAAGAUCAAUUCUCUCACAGAAGGUCUAGUCCCUAACAUGUCCACUGAAGACCCCCACAAACUGGGAGAUAUGGUAGAGGAGGAAUUGGGUGAGAUGGAUAAAGUCAUUGAGGAGGCUGCAAAAAUGAUAGAGGACUUGAUAAGCAGAACCAGAUCUGAAGACACUGGCAUCAAAGUUGAAGUUAAUGGGAAAAUUCUUGAUUCUUGUAUUGGUCUCAUGCAGGCAAUCAAAGUCCUUGUUAAGAGUUCCAAAGAGCUUCAGAAUGAAAUUGUUUCUCAAGGAAAGGGCUCUGCUACUGAUAAAGAGUUCUACAGCAGAAACCACCGGUGGACAGAAGGGUUGAUCUCAGCAGCCAAAGUGGUGGGAAUGGCUGCUAAAUUCUUGGUUGAUGCAGCAGAUAAAGUGGUCAGUGGAAAAGGUAAGUUUGAAGAACUGAUGGUAGCAUCACAGGAGAUAGCAGCAGCUACUGCCCAGUUGGUUGUGGCCUCUAAAGUGAAAGCAGAACGAGGAAGUGAAAAGUUGUCCAAUCUUUCCAAAGCUUCUCGUUGUGUCAGUGAAGCCACAGGAAAUGUUGUUGCAACUUCAAAGAGUUGUGCUGAGUUGGUUGAAGAAUCUGAGGUGAUGGAUUUCUCAAAGCUCUCACUUCAUCGGGCCAAGAGACUUGAGAUGGAUUCACAGGUCCGUGUGUUGGAGCUGGAGAAUGACUUACAGAAAGAAAGAAUGAAACUGGCAGCCUUAAGGAAACAACAUUAUCAUUUAGCAGGAGCAAGUGAGGGCUGGGAAGAAGAGGAUAUCCCUAAAUGAAGAGGGUAUUCACAUCUUUGUUAUGUGUGCGUGAUCUUUCAUGUCAUAGUGCUACAGUUUGAUUCGUUUUAUAGAAAAAAAAUCAAUAUGUUCCACAAAAGAAAGCUUCAUCCCAAAGUGUGGUGGUCUACUAAAAGUUGGCUAACAUUACAAGGCAACACACUGACAACUUCCUCCAGAUUACAUAGCUCUCUGUUCUACAUAUAGUCUUGUCAAGUGUCAAUAUUUGUGUAUCUGUUUUGUAUAAGUACUGAAAAGAAAAAUUAAUUUGUACAGUGCUUCUCUUUAAAUAUUCAUGUCACCUUCAAAUACUUGUAGUUGGUAAAGUGGUGAAACAAUCCAUUGAUUAUUUAGUUAUCUUACUCUGUCAUUAUAAUUAUGUUUGUGUAAUUUGUUCAUUUGAUUGAUUCAUUGAAGAACUUUGUACUCUACACAUGGAUCACUUGGUUGUUCAACAACUACUUGAAUGGGUUACUAACCAAAGAACCUUAAAAGGGUGUUAUAGGCCGUAUUGGUUGACACCGUAUGUUUUAGAUCGAAAAUUGCAUUUAUAUUUCAUGUAUAGAAUUAAUAAUAUUCAUAUAUUAAAGUUAGGUUUACUUAUUAUUAUUCAGAGUUUUGUAAUAUUUUAUAACUUACAAUCCAACUUGUUAUGGUUUUUCAUGCAUAGCAUUUACAUAAACUUUCUAACAUCUAAAAAA